GACCACGCCCUUUCUUCCCACAAUGCAGCUAGCAGGAAACAGAUAGCUAGCGUGUGAAAGCUAGCUAGCUGAAGCUUAACCGCGCUUAGAGAGGAUUCAUAGAGCUCGAGAUGGGGCUCGAGAAGAUUAAGGAGCUCUGGAGCAACUAUAACAAGCCAACUGGCCCCAAGACAAUCCACAUCUUCUGUGGAUUCUUCUUCAUUGUCAACUUCUGUCUGGGCACUGGAUUUCUGGGCAUUCCUUAUUCUUUCUACUACAGUGGCUAUGUGGCUGCCAUCCCCACACUGCUGGUCAUCUCAUGUGUCAGCUGGAUCAAUGCCACCUACAUUGUCGAGUGCAUGUCAAGAGCUCAGGCUUUGGAAACUCACCAAAAGUUUUCAUCAAACACGAGUGAUUCUGAGAGUGAACUAGACGAUAAAAGCUCAUCAAAAGCUCCUCUUUGCCAAACAACAACCACUCACCCCAACUUUGAAAUCACGGUAAAACGAAAGUUUGAACAGACGGAGAUGUGUGAUAUUUUCUUCAACAAAUGGGUCAAGUACUUCUACCUGGCUGUAUUAGCCGUCUAUACUUUCCUAGCGAUGUGGACUUUCUGCACUGUGGCCGGAUCUGCCUGGGCUAUUAAUAUCCCGUUCAACACGAGCACAAUCAAACAAUGUGUCGAGGAUGACUUCCUACACACUGUGAUUCCAGCAGCCCCCUGUCUCAAUGCCUACUACGUGAGUCUAGCUAUAUUCGGCCUUCUUGCUACUCUUUUGUCUCUACUGGAUCUGAGCGAGCAGGCUCUUGUGCAAAUGUUUCUUGGUCUGUUGCGCUUCAUCACGGUCGGUGCAAUUGUCAUUUACUGCAUCGUCAAGUUGGCUGAAGGUGGUAGCAAAUGUUUGGAGGCGAGUGCUGUCAAUCAGAGUGACUUUUUACAUCACAGAAAUGUAACACUGGCUCCCUCUAUGAGCCAAUUUGUGUUGAAAUUUGAUGCUUUUGGGUGGUUGACUGCCAUCCCUGUGUUUACCUAUGCGUUCAUUCUGCACUCUGGAAUACCUUCGCUCACACACCCUAUUCGACAAAAGAAAUAUCUUCGUUGGUUGCUACUGGCAAUGUUUGUGACAGCUGGUAUCUCCUAUUUUAGUCUGGGGAUUGUAGUCCCUCUGUGGUUCAAGUCUGACAUUCAGGAGACCUGCACUCUUAACUGGGGUGAGCUGACCAAACCUCCUGCCUCAAUCCAGCUACGAUUUCUCUCCUAUUACAUCAUUCUGUUCCCUUCUUUGGAUGUCUUGUCAGCAUUCCCUCUCUGUGUCCACACUGUUGUCAACAACCUCUAUAUCAUCAUCACUGGCAAGGACACCUCCAAAAGACCAACCCAUCGUUUCGCUAAACACGAUUGGCUACUUCGCCUCAUCAUGAGACUGAUUGCAGCUGUUCUUCCAGUACUGGCAGCUUUUGGCGUAGCCAAUUUGAUCUAUGUGCUGAAAUACGCUGGAUUGUUUGGUUUUAUUGUCUGCUUUGGAUUUCCAACUGCUCUACAGCUGCGCUCCAUUUAUGUGUGCAAGAAGAGGUUUGCUCACAUUCUUGUCAGUGUUGGUGGCGGCGAGGAUAAAGCCAGUCAAGAGAAAGGUGGAGAAUUGAGCGGAGUUCUCUCGAGUAAUGAAAAGGCUCCCCUGAUGUCUAUUCUGGAGCUGGACGGGAAGGACGAGCGUGCAUUGUACAUGACUCCCUAUUCAAGCAAACUGUUUAGUCAUCCCAUUACUGUUGUGAUCGUGGGGCUGCUAGGAGCGCUGAUCUUUGUGCUCACAUUUGUUAGCUUAUUUGUUCACCCCAAGACUGAGGUGUGUUAUAGCGAUAUUUCUGAUCCCAGGCUUUUCGAUGAAUUACUAGACUGUAAGAUGGGAUCUGGACAAGGGAAGAGUCGAGACGAAGAACCAGAUGCCCCCAAGACUGUGCAUAUAGGCUUGGGAUUUUUUUUCAUUGUCAACUUCUGUCUAGGCACUGGAUUUCUGGGCAUUCCUUAUUCUUUCUACUACAGUGGCUAUGUAGCUGCCAUCCCCUCACUGCUGGUCAUCUCAUUUGUCAGCUGGGUCAAUGCCACCUACAUUGUGGAGUGCAUGGCAAGAGCUCAGGCACUGGAAACCCUCGAAGUAUCGAAUCAAAUUAAUUAUGAUUCCAAAAUUGUAUCAGAAGGAAAAAGUUUAUCUUCACCUCCGAGAGACAUUGACAAUUCUAUCAAGCACCCAAAGUUUGAGAUUACAAUUUACAGAAAAUUCGAGCAAGUUGAAAUGUGUGAGAUGUUUUACGGCAAAUGGAUGAAAUACGUCUAUCUUGUUAUUUUCACGAUCUAUUCGUUCCUUGCACUGUGGUCUUUCUCGACCGUGGGUGGGUCAGCCUGGGCUAGUAACAUCCCCUUCAAUACUAGCACCAUACAGCAGUGUGGAGAGACCGACUUCCAACAUGAUGCCCUACCCUCAAAGUUUGAGUGUCAAAAUGCUUAUCAUCUCUCACUGUCUAUAUUUGGUGUGAUUGUUAUUCUACUCUCGCUCUUGGAUCUCAAGGAGCAAGCUAUCGUGCAGAUGAUUUUGGGUCUACUUAGAUUCGUCACUGUGGGUGCAAUCAUACUUUACUGUCUGGUUAAUCUUAUCCAAUAUAAAUUCAGCAACAAGUGUCUGGUGGAUGCUAUACCGAGUGUCAAUGAGACCCCUUUGUUAACGAAUGCCUCGCAUAUAUCUUCGGUUAGAAUCUUUGAUGGUUUUGGCUGGUUGUCUGCUAUACCUGUGUUCACCUACGCCUUCAUUCUUCAUCAAGGGAUACCAUCUCUGACUCAUCCCAUUCGACAAAAGCAGUACAUGCGUUGGUUGAUAAUUGCCAUGUUUCUGACAGCUGGUGUCUGCUACUUUAGUCUGGGCAUCAUUGUGUCUCUGUGGUUUAAUGCAGAUGUCCAGGAAACCUGUACUCUUAACUGGGGAGAGUUUACGGGGCCAUCUUCAUCGAUCCAGCUACGAAUCCUCUCCUAUUACAUCGUUCUCUUUCCCUCUCUGGAUGUCCUGUCAGCAUAUCCUCUGCUCGUACAUACAAUUGUGGUCAACGUCUACAUGAUUAUUACCGGGAGUGACACAUCCAAAAAACCAGCUCACAGAUUUGCUAAAUACGAUCGACUACUUCGUCUCAGUUUGCGAUUCUUUGCUGCUUUAAUUCCAAUUUUGGUAGCUUUUGGUGUUGCUAACUUAAUCAUUGUACUUAAAUUCGCUGGACUGUUUGGUUUCGCUAUUUGCUUUGGAUUUCCGACUGCUCUACAGCUUCGCUCCAUCUAUGUAUGCAAAAAUAGGUUUGCAGCUUCCCUUGUAGAUAUGAUUGGCAAUGAAAGCCCUGCUGCUAUGAGAAAGAAGCAGUCUCAUGAGGAGACCACUCCGUUGCUAUCGAUUCAACAGCAUCAGCUGCAGGACCCCAGGGCACUGUACAUGACUCCAUAUUCUAGCAAACUGUUUAGUCAUCCCAUAGCUGUGUGUGUGAUCGGUGUGUUGGGAGUCGUGGUAUUUAUUCUUACUUUUAUCAGUCUAUUUGUGCCUCAGCAUACCGAAGUCUGUUAUGCAGGACUAGAAGAAAGACUGUUCGACGAUCGAUUAUUGACAUAAAUUAUUGUGACAUAAUUUUGUGACUGAAAUUAUAAUUAUAUUCAUGAACCUA